AUCCAUCUCGUUGUCCUCGGACGCGCCGCCUCUGCGGUUCGACUUUCCUUCUCCCCUAUUGCCUUAUCUUCGAUUAUGUGCAUGAAGCUCAAGGAGUCCAUCAUAUCCUUACUCCUUACGAGAGCGUAUCAACAUCGUCCGCCAUAUGCAGAAAUAUUCAUUGGAUUCUCUCCAAGCCAUUCUCCGGAAUGUGUUCGAUUUCGACGUAUACAAGCCGGAAACGAUCGACAAGCUCGCUGAGGUUCUGGAUCGUCACGGGUGCAUGCCACCUUCGUUUCCGAAUGCUGUGACUGAAUCGAACGUACGUAGGCUAGCUGUGAAACGCCUGGGUCUCGACGCCGCAAGAGAGGCAUCGCGCACGAACAUACUAGAUAUCAAGUUUGAGCCCAAGGGAGAUACGGCUUUGUCGAACCCGAAGAUGGGCGAGGUUGACCCCCAGAAUAAGGCCCACAUCGCUGCCGCCCAUGACGACCUUCUACUCGAAUGCGCCGCCACUGGUCCCGCCGCCGGAUGAUCUGACGCUGCCACAGGUCAUGCUCGACUAUCGUGGAGGACACCCCACGAGGCCGGUGCGUCCGCGGGAUAUCCCGUGGUUCGUGGAUGAGGAGACGGGGAGGGUGGUCUUCGAGGAAGAGGCCAGGAAAUCGUCAUUCGGGUGUUC